CUAUACAAUGAUACUGCAAAGUACGAAUCAUGUACGCCAGGUCGUUUUUGCUCGACCAGAGUGCACGUACAGGCUGUUUUCUACGUUUAUAGCGCUGUACGGCAGCAAUAAGCGGAAUGAUAACGUAAACGACGAGGAGAAGGCACAGAUAGGGGAGGUGCGCCGAUGGCUAUCGAACCUGAGCGCGAAGAGUGUCCCGCGCGAGAGGUUCGAGAGCAGCUUCUCGCGGUCGAGCGGGCCGGGGGGGCAGAAUGUGAAUAAGCUGAAUACGAAGGCCACGAUCCGGAUUCGAUUGGAUGCGCUUGGUGGGUGGAUGCCGGCGUAUGCGCUGCAAAGGCUGAGAAAUGAGAAAUCGCGACACAUCUCGAAAGAGACGGUGCUGAUACAGUCCGAUAGCAGCCGCAGCCAGCGCGAGAACCUGGAGGAGUGCUACGAAAAGUUCUGCGAGCUGGUGCGGCAGAGCGUGCAUCUGCCGGCGGAGGAGAGCGCGGCCGAGACAGCGGCGCGGGAGGAGAAGUGGGAUAAAAUACGGGGGCGCGCGAACGAGGAGCGCAUGCGCGCAAAGAAGCAUCGCGGCGAGAAGCUCAGGUCCCGUCGCCGAGGGUGGGACGAUUGAUUGCUGCUAAUCUAACGGUAAUAAAUUACUUGCUAAUCUAACGGUAAUAAAUUACUU